GCAGCUCCACCCAAACUAGCUGCAGCUAGCUAGCUAGCACAGAGAAAUGGAACCAGUUAAUGCUGUUCUUUUGGAUGAAGGAGAGAAAAUUGCUUUGCCUGUCAUAAAGGAGACGAGGCUGGUUAGCCCAGGGGCUAAUGAGGGUCUUACCAGACGAUACCGUUCAAAAAGCAGCGGGAGCAAGCCUUUCUUUCCUAGAGUGAGAAAGUUUUCCCACGAAAGUCAAGAGAAGCUCAAAGAGCUGGAAAAGGGAUUUGUCCUUGACGGUGUUGUGCUGAGUAGACUAACGAACGAAGAAACAGCGAGGACACAUCCUUCAAUUAACAUCGGGAUACCGCAGUACCGAGCUACUGAAGACAAGCACUGCUCUGGCUAUUUCUCAAAAACAAAAGCACUACCCAAAAAUAUAACUCCUGAACCAAUGAUUGGUAAAGUUGAGGAUAAAUUUUUUAAAUCAACGGAAGCCAGCUAUUACCUUAAAGACAGGCUUGAAAAAGGAACAAGCUAUACAAGACGUGUGUAUGGAGGACAUUUGUCCGUACCUACGGACCCAAGCAAAGAUGGUUACAACGGACCAGAAGGAUACCGAAGAAACACUUUUGAUCUAAGAAGACAACCGUCAGUUUUUGAUUAUGAAGAUCCUUUUGAGAACCCAAAGCCGAUAAACAGACGUAUGUUGCGAAGCACACAAAGUGCUCCAGCUACAAUGAAGCUAUUCAGAGAAAAGUCGGCAACAGCAUACAGGUCGAGCCCAGCACCUGGGCUUGUCAAACCAGCUGGUAAAAGAAAAGCAAUGUCAGCCAUGCCAACAUUGACACCAGUUCCAGAGAUAUCUAAUACACUCACGCCCGUACCAGAAAUAGCUACAAAUUAAAAGAUUACUAUCAUAUUUUUUAACAAGGAAAAGAGAAUUAUUAA